AUGUUCAUUCUCUCUUCUCCUCUCCCUCAAAUUCCUUCUCUCCUUCUUUCCUUCUCCUUCUUCCCCUCUCCUCUCAUUCGCGUUCAUCAAGAGAAGAUUAAACUCCAUCAUCUCGAACAAUUGAUGCAUCAUUUUCAUAACCAUGCGCCCAGUGACAUCAUUAUACGCAAAGACUGUGGCUACUUUACUUCGUCCCUGGUCGAGAAAAGAGAACCGGGUUGUAUGAACAAACAAGAAUUUAAAGAGACUCUUGCCAAAGUUCUUGACACAGAAGAAUACAAUGACUACAUCCAUAAACUUUUUACAAAGCUGGACACAUCAUGUGAUGGAUAUGUUGACUGGAACGAGUUUUGUACUUAUCUGUUGUUGCUUUACCGUGAAAACGACUAUGUUCGCACUAAAAAGGACAUCCCAUUUCUGCAAGAACCGAAGAUCAGACAUGUGGUACCAAACAGGCAAGAACCUACUACCAAAAUUCUAUCCAUUGAUAGUCCUCUACGUUAUCUCACUAUUAGUAAGGAAGGAGCUCUGACGGUCUGGACGACAUCGCUAAUUCUAGAGCGAUCAUAUAACAUCGCAGGUAAUGAUGAAGUGGAUACAAACGGUACAAAACGACGCUUCAAAAUGUGGGUGACCGACGCCAUUUUUAUGGCUAACUGUAACAAGAUUGUAGUUGGUACCAGUAGUCGAGAUUUGAGGUUCUACGACGUUUCAACAAACCACUACUUUGAGGAUUUUCAUUUGUUUGGCAUGUCUGAUAUUCCUUACUGCUUUGAUUAUUGGUUCGACAAAAAUAAUAUAAACUCUGAGUCCCUACUUGUAUGCGGGUUGGAUUCAGGUACAGUAGGACUUUUCUAUUUCAAGAGACCAGUGACACAAUUAUUUGAGACACCUUUUAAGAACGAUACGGGAGCCUUAAAAGUCUUCAUGCAGGAUUUGAAAUCGCAGCACUCCAAGUGGGUGAGAUAUACGUGUUUGACAUCGAUCCACACUGAAAUGAUAAGACAGGUGAAGUAUUUGCCGGAUAAUGCAACCAUUAUCUCUUCCAGUGGAUGCCCAAACAGUUCCCUUGUCAUCUCAGAUAUUAAUAGAUUUAAGCAGACAUACGUCUUUAAAUUACCAAAGGGAGUGGAAUGUUUUGAUUACAGCAAGACUCUAAACGUAUUGGUCAGUGGCAGUGCUGAUCACAAUGUUCAAGUCUGGAACCCUUACAUGACCAGUAAACCAGUGGCUAUUCUCCGUGGUCAUACCACAGGCAUCGUGGGAAUUGCCCUCCAUGAUGGAUUAACGCAAAUAUUUAGCUAUUCUCGAGACGCGGUUAUAAAAGUUUGGGACCUUCGUGAGCACAAACAUCUUCAGACUGUAGCCAUGAAAUUUCCGAGUAGUAUGCACGGUCGAAUGCCAGAACAUGGCCAGUUUCCAGUCUGUCUACUGACCAUCCCUAGCCAGAGCUGCCUACUUGUAACCUGUAAUGAUUAUCUCGGCCAAUUAAGCCUCGGCAACACUGCCAAAUGUAAGAAAAUAGAAACCACUACGCAUGAGACGCCGCUUUCUUGUGCUCUUUAUAACCAGUUCUUCAAACAGGUUGUGACUGGAUGUGAUUCUUCCGCAGUUGCAGUAUGGGAUAUUGAGACCGGAAGUAAGGCAAUCGUUUUUUCCAAUGCGCAUGGGAGCGAAGAAAUAACUAGCAUGAAGUUUGAUGCUUCCUGGCGACGACUGUUAACGGGUGCUAGGAAUGGUACCAUUAAGGUAUGGAAUUUCCAGAAUGGACACAACCUUCACAAAUUAGAGCCAGUGUCCGAAGCUGAAAUAACUGGUUUGUUGGCGUUGAAUGACCGUAAAGUAAUUCUGGCCGUCGGAUGGAGUCGCCUCAUAACGAUGUACGAUGAUUCCGAUCCCGAUAACAUGUAUAUAACAGCAGACGUAUCCUGGAAAGGUGGUCAACUUCAUGAAGAUGACAUAUCUGCUAUGGCCUUUUGUCCACCGAAUAUCCUAGCUACAGCAAGUUACGAUGGUGCCUUGCUCAUUUGGAACCUAGAAACGGAAAAAUUGCUACUCAGAUUCAGGAUCGCAACACCUAUAGAGAAGGUUCACUUCUUGUGCCAUAGGGCGGCAAUCUUACCACGAGAAGGUGCCACCCUAAUAUCAAGUGGGGCGGGUACACUUCGUUGGUGGAAUCUCUACACUGAAGACCAACUACAAGGCAGUUUUUACGUCCCCUCAACAGAUGAUGAAUCCGUUAUAGCCUUGGCUACGAACAGUAAUGAUGAAAUCCUUUUGACUGGUGACACAAAAGGUUUUAUACAAGUGUGGGACAUUAAGGACUAUUGUAUACAGAACACACCAACGGUAAAAACUGAUCGACCGAAACAGCUUCAUGUGUGGAAAGGACAUGAAGGCGCAAUUGUCAGUGUGGAAUAUGUGGAACACGACACCGGUUGCUUCAUUCUGAGUGCCUCUGUAGAUAAAACUGCCAAAUUAUGGACAGUAGAUGGACAAUAUGUUGGAACUUUUGGUCAGAAACAAUUAUGGAAUUUGAAAUCACCCAAAACCUGGGCUUAUGAGUUAACGAAUAUCAACCAAGAUUCAAAACACAAAGCAAAGAAAAAGGUUUUACGAAAUGUUGUGGCUCAAUUUAAAUCCGAUAUCGAAGAAAGGACUACUCAUAUGGAACCUCAAGUCUGUAUUAACGGCGUUCCUUCAUUUAUUCGGGAAGAUUCAAAUUCCUCCGAUCCGAUAAAGCAACCCUCGGUGCCAAUAAUGACGUCAGUCCCUCAGCAGACGACUUUGCAAACACCUCGUGAAAGUAAAGAAACACAAGAGCGAACGCCUAAUCUCUUCAACUUUGAUUCAAUUGAAAAUCACCGACCAUUUCUGGGAGUGCGUGUUGCCAAGGACUUGGCUCGUAAGAAGAUGGAUCGUCAGGACCGUCGACAAUUGUAUGGUGACAUUAAUACAAAACAAAUGGCUCGAUUCGGCAAGAUCUGUUCCCCUUUUCAAGCUUUAGCAACACCCGACGUACAAGAGAUUCGUUUUCCGAAAUCUGUGAACACAAACCUAAGUCGUUCACUAACAAGUGUCGCAAUGAAUGAAGGUCAAAGCUCCAAUGAUGGACAGCUGGAAAUUGCUAGUCUCACGGAUAAAUAUUUGGACAAUUCAACAAAUAACGGCGAUAAUGACAAAACAAAUUAUGAUGAUCUUGGUAUAAUUCCAAGAGGGUUACCGAUUACGAAGACAUAUGAAGAAAGCCGGAGAGUACACCGGCAGAAAUGUUGUAAAGCUAAUAACUUAGAUCACAAGAGACGUCUAAACAAAACGAGUAUUUAUUGA